GGAAAUUUCGCAUCAUUUCGUGGCUUUAAUCAACUUUUCCAUCGAAUUCGUGUGAUUUUUGACGAAAGUAGUGCUGUACGGCAAGAAUGGAGGCUGAGACCAGCUGUGACGACCCUCAGUUCAUGAUUAUGUUGGAAACUUGUCUGCGUGUCGAGAUCGAAACAGCCAAGCGUACGUCCUCUGAACUUGCGAACGAAAUAAAAACAUUGAAGCUGGGGAUGCAGGCGCAGUUGAAAACGAGGAAAGAGCUGAAAGAGAAAACGGGGAGUACGCAGCAAAACAUACUGAUUUUAACGGACACAUUAAACCAAGAGAGCAAACGUGUUAACGAGACUUCCAACAAAAUCGAGCUAAUGAAGCUUAAUUUGGACAACGACUACAAAGUCAUGAAACAGGGUUGCCAACAGUACGAGAAUAUCCUCAACGAGUACGAAGCGACGUGGCAGUCAUAUCACGAGAAAUACGAGGAAUUUCCGUUGGCCAAGGAGAGGAAGCAGUGGGAGGUAAAGUUGAGAAAGCUUCGCGUGGAUAAAAUGGUGCUGGAAUACAAGAUCAACGAACUGGAGAAGAUGUCGGAGCAAAGGAGGCGCAUCACGUGGCUGAGAAUGCGCACGAAAAUCGUGGAGCUCGCGCGUGCAAUUUCGGACCACAAGAACCUCGAGAAAAAAUUGCAGGAGUACAAUCGUACAAUCGAAGAUCGUAGGAAGGAGUUGGAUAUGAUCACCACCGAGCUAGCCAUGCAGCUGAAGAAGCAGGAAGAGGAGAAGAAGGAUCGGGCGUUGAAGCUGCUGGAAAUGCCACCGCCAAAGAUUAAUUUCUCCCACAUGCGCACGAUUUACGGUCGUAGAUCGAGGACCGGCUUCCCUGACUGGAAAAGAAAUGAUGAGAAUUCCAUAGAUACCCUGUCGGUAGAUACCCUGAUGUUGGAAGAAAUGUGCCUGGCAGAAGAGAGCGUUAUGAAACCGCCAUUUGAAAUCUCAAUUCACGUCCAGAAAGACCAGAAUGUUCCUUGUAACCGCCCGAUCGAUUCGACGAGCCCUUCCUUGGACCAAGAGCCGCAGCAAGUGGAGCAGGAGGACGUAGCCAGCGAGGUGGAUGGAAACAUGGCUUUGGAAGCGAUCGAUGCGGCCGAGGAGGAACUGGAACAACGAAUGGACCAGGAAUUGGAGCACAUGGGCCAGUCAUCCGGUAUUCCGAAAGAUAAGCAAACAGGCCGACGCAGCGAGGAUCUUGAGGAGAUGGAUGAUCUCGCAGCGAAGAGAAUGAGACUGAUGGGAGGUGAGGGGAAGUUUGUGGCGAUACCGGUGAAGGAUAUUCAAUUGGACGAGGGAAAGGUCGAUCCACUCUGUCGUUCAAGAAUCACGAGAAUCGAGACAGUUCGCUACAAAAUGUCUUCGAUUAAAAAUAUAGACAAAAGUCCAAGAGGAUGUCGAUUGGUAGAUCAGUCACCUGGGUCAAGGAUAACAAUGCUUUCGAUGAGAAAACACGAUCAGGAUAAUGCCAAUCCCUCCAGUAUGUUUACUCCACAUCGCUACGAUUUCUCUGAUAACAGCGACAUGAGUUUCUGUACGGAUAAUAUGGCCGGUCUGAAAGCUGAUCAAAUAUCGCUGUACGGAGGAUCUGUUCGAGAUUUCUGCGAGUGUUCCAACAUAUCCAUGCCCAUCGAGGACGCAAUCUCGGAGAGCAAUGCAAACGUUCCAUCGACCAGCAAGACUCACAAUUUUCCACGUACUUAUGAUACAUCUCAUUCAAGGUUUUCAUCGAUUCCUUUCUUUUCUACACUCAUAUUUACUAUUCUUUUUUUUUUGUUUUUGUUGCAGAAUUCGAUUUGAGUAA